AUGAAAGUAUUUACUGUAGACGACAAAACGAUUGGAGAAGAUAUGCCAACAGUCGAGGUGGUAGACGCGAAACUCACCAAGGAGGAGUUGAACAGAGGAUGUCCCCUCGGAGUCUCCCGCGUCACCAGCUCGGUAUACGUUUGCGGGGCCCACGCCCUGCCCGGCGCUGUGAAGGCGCUCCGCCCCGGUCUGGUGGUGAACGCGGCACCGGAGCUCCCCCCACCGCCAGAGGACUGCGCCCCCAGGCAUUACGUGCCACUGCUCGACACACCCAGCUCAGACAUGCACCCCUACAUGGAGAGGGUGGCCGACCUUAUAAACGAUGUGGUCAAACGGGGGCAAGUUGUGCUAGUACAUUGCGUUGCCGGUGUCUCCAGAUCCGUCACUCUCUGUCUGGCCUAUCUCAUCAAAUGGGAGAGAAUGACACUUAGAGACGCCUACCACCAUAUAAAGCAGCGACGACCGCAAAUCCGACCGAACACUGGGUUCUUCAAGCAGCUGAUAAAGUUCGAGGAGAGGCUGUACAGCGAGGCCUCCGUGAAGAUGGUCUACUGCGAGGCCAUCGACAAGGAAAUCCCCGACGUGUACGAACCGGACUACAGUGGGAUGACGUGGUUCCGCCAGCGAUACGGACCAAUAGAAAACAGC